UUUGGUCCCCCAACUCACAUGGAUGCCUAAAGCCCAGCUGAUUUCUCUUCAUCUCUGCAAAGUUACUGCAUCAUGGAAGGCCAACAGAAGUAUCAAAGGAUGGACAGCAGAACUGUCUUCCACAAAAUGCAAGAACCUCCACAGAGUGUUGAAGAAUUCUUAAAGUUUCAAAAUUGGGAUUAUUGGCCAAGGGAAGUAAAUUGUACAGAUAACGAUAAAUGGUCAGGCAUCCUGAAAGCAAUAAAAGAAGAUAGUUCAUUUAUCUCAAUUUAUACACACCUGUGGAAAAAUGUUCCCCGAAUAUAUGAAGCAACCUCAAUCAUGGAGUCAAGAUUAAAUGAAUGUUCACUUCUUUUGCAAAACCACGCCUCUAAAAUAUAUGAGUGGAAACGUGUAAUUUUUGAGACAAGUUCUCGUAGACAAUUAGAAAGAUACAGAGAAUUUCUAAAGAAGUUCCAUAAGGAAAAAAAGAUAAUG